GCUGAUCCUCAGUGGGCGUGUCUGACACGGCCAGCAGGGGGCGGAGAUAAACGGGCCGUUAUGAGCGCGAGGAAAAGGUUCGCGCGCCGGGUUGUAAUUAAGAAGUGUGUGAGAGCGAGAAAAGUGAAAAGGGAGCAAAAGACAGGCAACACACACACACACUUCCUGCUCCCUUCUUCCAUUCUCCAUCCACCUGUCCACCCGGCGUCUUUCGUGUUUCCUCCCCGCGGGUCUACAUGUCCUCCACGGAGAAGCUGCGCGCGCUCAGCCUGGAAGAGCCGCGCGAGACAACCGCGGUACCAGGUGCAGGUGUGCAGGUGAUGGGGGACACAUGUUCACAUAAACUCAGCUCAACAAAGCUCCUGAAGCUUCUCCUCAUCAUCCUCCCCUGUGUGUGUGGCCUCAUCUGCCUCCUCACGCUGCUGCUUGCUUUCACAGGAAUACUUGGGAAUGGGCUCCUUGACUCCAGUGACUCCGCCCCUCUCUCGGCCAAAGAUGUUUCCGAGGUGACGCUCAUUCCUCUUGUCGCUGUAACUUCAGAUCCUCUUGCUGUUGUUAACUCUACAUCACCAAUGUCAAGCAACACGAGACCCUUUCACUCAGAAUCAUCUUCCUCUGACUUCCUGAUGUCUGACUCUUCAUCAUCGCCAUCAUCAUCAUCAUCAUCAUCAUCGGAUGCCACACCUACGCCGACUGCUGAUUGGUUAAUGAGUUUUUCCACCAUGAGUGCUCUGUCGAGUGUCAAACCAACGAACACGAACCCUGAGGCAGGUGAGUGCUAUGAUAUCACAGAGGUUCAGUGUCACAUGUUGGCGUAUAACCGGAGUGGCGUGUUGCCGGGGGCGACUGUGGUAAAGCGAGGAGAGAUGGAGAUGUUCCUGCGGUUUUUCACUUACCUGAACAGACUCAACUGUUAUUCCCACAUCAUGCUGUUCGGCUGCACCAUCGCACUGCCACAGUGUGUCACUGACGCUGGAGACAUGCGUGUGAUUUUGCCGUGUCAGUCGUUCUGCGAGUCGGCGAAGGAGGGAUGUGAAUCUGUUCUUCAGAUGUUUAACGCAUCAUGGCCCGACUUCCUGCGCUGCUCACAGUUUGUCAAUGUCACCAUGGCAACAUCAGGAGCCACCCCACCUGUUACACCCCGCAUCAGGCCAAGCACCAUGGCAACAUCAGGAGCCACCCCCACCUGUUACACCCCGCAUCAGGCCAAGGGCCGGGCCGCUGUGUGUGGAGGCACUGACAGCUUCCUCUGUGCAACAGGAAUUUGUGUUCCCCAGAAACUGGUGUGUAAUGGGUUUAACGACUGCGAUGACUGGAGUGAUGAAGCCGACUGUGUGUGUUCAGAGAGGGAGUUUGGCUGUGGUACAGGUCGCUGUGUGAACGUCUCUCUGCUGUGUGACGGUUAUGACGACUGCGGGGACCUCAGUGACGAGCACAACUGCAUGUGUGAUGGGGUGAAGGAGCACCAGUGUGGAGACGGACGCUGCAUCCCGCUCGAGUGGCUCUGUGACGGAGAUCAUGACUGUGUGGACAAGAGCGAUGAACUCAACUGCUCAUGUAAAGCGCAGGGUUUGUUGGAGUGUAAGAAUGGACAGUGCAUCCCCAGUGCUUUCCGCUGCGAUAGUGAGGAAGACUGCAAGGAUGGCAGUGAUGAAGAAAACUGCACAAAGCAGCUGGUUCAGGGCUCAUGUCCACCAGGUCAGACCAACUGUAUCUCCACCUCCUGUUCUGAGCCGCACAGCACUAACGCUAACUGCAGUGUCUGUGAGCCAAUCUCACUGGAGCUGUGUAUGAACCUGCCGUACAACACCACACGUUUUCCGAACUUCCUGGGCCACCAGUCUCAGAAGGAGAGCUCAGUGAGCUGGGAGUCGUCUCUGUUCCCUGCACUCGUUCAAACCAACUGCUACAAAUACCUCAUGUUCUUCGCCUGCACUGUCCUCGUGCCCAAGUGUGACCCGCUCACACACCUGAGAGUGCCACCAUGCAGGUCUCUGUGCAGGAGCUCUAAAGAGCGCUGUGAGUCGGUGCUGAGCAUUGUGGGAUUGCAGUGGCCUGAGGAAAUGGACUGCGCUCACUUUCCUGAGGAUGGACAUGAAAACACGCCGUGUCUCCUCCCUGACCCGGACGUAGAGGAGUGUUCACCCAGUCACUUCAAGUGUCUCUCGGGGAGGUGUGUGCUCGCCUCCAAACGCUGUGACGGACACACGGACUGCGACGACGACAGCGAUGAGGAACACUGUGGUUGUAGAGAGAGAGGACUGUUUGAAUGCCCCUCAGAUAAAUCCUGCAUUAAGAACACUAUGAUCUGUGAUGGCUUUCCGGACUGCAGCCUCCUGGAGGAUGAGAAGAACUGCUCUGUGUGUAAUGAUAAUGAGCUGGAGUGUAAUAAUCACGAGUGUGUGCACCGAACUUUAUGGUGUGACGGGAGGAAGCACUGCACUGACAGCUCGGAUGAGUGGAACUGCGUCUCUCUCUCCAGCUCAGUGUUGCUGGUCAGUAAAACAGCAGUGGAAUAUCAGGUUUGUGCUGAUGAGUGGAACCCGGAGCUCAGCACCAUCACUUGCAAACAACUGGGUUUAGGAGCUCCUUUGUCAACUAAAGUGAUAGAGGACGUGUACAGCUUUGGAAGGAGGCGCUGGCUUCAUGUCCAUCCUGACUGGAGUCACCGUAACAACACUGCACUGCAGAGGCUUUUGGAGAAAAGAGGGCAUUCCUGUUACUCACGCAAAAAGAUUGCUCUUCAGUGCACCAGAGGCGAGUGUGGGCGCAGGCCUGCAGCACGGAUGGUGAAAAGGAUUCUGGGAGGUCGUACGAGUCGGCCGGGUCGCUGGCCGUGGCAGUGCUCGCUACAGAGCGAGGAGAGCGGCCAUAUCUGUGGCUGUGUCCUGAUUGGGAGGAGGUGGGCUCUAACCGUGGCCCAUUGCUUUGAGGGGCGUGAGAGUGCAGAUGUGUGGAACGUGGUGUUGGGGAUCAAUAACCUGGACCACCCAUCCACACACACACAGAGCCGCAGUGUGAAGAGUGUGACGGUUCACUCUCGCUACAAUCGCGCCGUCGUCGACUACGACAUCAGCAUCAUCGAGCUGGACGAGGGCGUGCACAUCAGCAGCUACGCACGACCCGUGUGUUUACCCGAGCCUGGACACACACUCACACCUGAUACAUACUGCUACAUCACCGGCUGGGGGCACAUGGGCAACCGCAUGCCCUUUAAGCUGCAGGAGGGUGUGGUCAGAGUGAUCUCUCUGUCUCAGUGUCAGUCGUAUUUUGAUAUGAAGACCAUCACCUCCCGGAUGCUCUGUGCAGGUUAUGAGGCUGGAACCAUUGAUUCCUGCAUGGGUGAUAGCGGUGGGCCGUUGGUGUGUGAGGACCCAGAUGGUCGAUGGACUCUGUACGGUUUGACCUCAUGGGGUUCGGUGUGUUUCUCCAAAGUGCUCGGGCCCGGAGUGUACGCCAACAUCACACACUUUACUGAGUGGAUCAGGAGACAGAUCUACUUACGAACCUUUCAUCUGGACUAGAACACGUGCACACACUCACGCGCACACACUCACACACACUUACACACACACACACUCACACACACUCACUAAUUAAAAUGAAAUAUAAAAGAAUGUAUGUUAUCUAAUCAUUCCAGAAGGAAGUGUGCUUAUGUGUGUGUGUGUGAUAGAGACAGUGUGUGUGUGUUUGUGUGUGUGUGUGUGUGUGUGUGCAAGCAGAAAUUAUUGACUGUUAAAUUGUUAAAUGUUGCUGCUAUCUUAAUGACCUAUUGCCAAACUGCCACAGUAAAAAUGUAAUGUUAAAAAGUGUGUGUGUGUGUGUGUGUGUGUGUGUGUGUGUGUGUGUGUUUAGGUCUAUCACUAUUAGCUCACUGUUCCUGUUUUUUACUGAACCUGCUUCAACCCAUUGUGUGUUUGUGUGUAGUUGUGUGGGUGUGUCUGUGUGUCCCUGUGAGUCUGUGUGUAUAUAUAUAUAUAUAUAUAUAUAUAUAUAUAUAUAUAU